AUGAGCAAGGGUUUCCAGGUACCUCCAGGAAAAUUCUAUCUAAUUGAUGGAGGAGUGGAAGUGCGUAGGUUCAUUCCUACAACAAGUGCUACUAAAAAGAAGACUUCUCUUAAAUGCAGUGGGGCAAAAAAGAGUGGAAGUUCUCCAAGAGUAGUGAAACAAAGAGCGGAUUGGAAUCCAGGUCUUGAGAGGUCUCUUGUUGACAUUCUCCAUGAAUUUAAAGAAAGUGGAUAUAGAGGUGACAAUGGUUGGAACUCCGAAGGGUGGAAUAGAAUGGUCAAGGAGUUUCAUGUGAGGAACAAGUAUGUCUCCUUUACAAAGUCUCAAAUUCAGGAUAAAGAAGGUCAGCUGAAGAGAGACUACAAGAUGCUCAAAGCAGCAAAGCAACAGAGUGGGUCCACCUGGAAUGAGAAAAGGAAUAUGGUUGAAGGACCACCAGCUUUGUGGGAGAAUCUCAUGGUGACAUUUCCUAAAAUCAAGAAGUUUAACAACAACAAGGCAACCUUCCCGCUUUUUGAUGCUUUGGGAGAGCUUUAUGAUGGACACUUGGCUGAAGGGACUUGGAAUUGCACUUCUCUUGAGGCACCGCAAGAGGAAGAACUGAAUGAGCAACUUCAGGAUGCAGAAGAUAGACCACAAGGCUUUGAUCUGAAUGUUGUUCAUGAUGUAGAUGAUGAAGUUGAUGAUGCACUCGCUGAAAGGAAUGAAGAUAUGCUUCAAGGAAGGGCUAAUACUCUGUCACGAGAUGAAGAAAGUGGACAGCGAAGACCUGCUGCGUCAAGAAACAAGCAAGAAAAGGAACCAAAGAAGCCUAGAAAGACUGACAACAUAGAAAAUAUGAUGAACAAAUACCUAGAAAUGAGGAGCAAGCAAGUAGAAGAUGAAGCUGCAAGAGAAAAGGAAGCAAGAGAAAAGGAGACAAGAGAAAAGGAGGCAGCUCAAAGUGAAGAUUUCUCCAUCAAAAGGUGCAUAUCAGUUCUGAACACAAUGGAAGAAGUGACCAAAAUGGAGAAGGCAAAAGCAUAUUCAGUCUUCACCAAGAGCAAAGAGAAUAGAGAGACUUUCAUAUGUGCAUGUGAAGCGGAUCAAGAAUCAGCUUUGAUUUGGCUAAGAAAUGAGAUGGCUUAGUAGGUUUGGGUGAUCAAUCGGUGAUGCUUAGCACAUCUGGAGGUUUCUUAUUUUGAACUGACAUGCUUAGUUCUAAAGUGGUGUUUCUUCUUAGCACAUCUGUUCUAUCUCUUAGCUGUUGAAGAUGUCACAUGUCACAAGUUAUACCU